UUCUCUUUCCAAUUCUGCCCCUGAUUGUUUGUCACGCGUAAGGAACUACUCCUCUGUUCGUGACUAGCUUCCUAGUUUGUCUCUGAAUCAUAGACUUCAUAUUCCACCUCUCUGUCUCUUGGCCCUUAUUCUGCUUCGGGGCUGGUCCUCCUUUACUAUCAACAGUUCUCCAAAAUCCUACCCCUAAAAUCCGAGCCAAGACCACGCAGCUUAAUAUCGUUUCCUUUUCCUAGAGUUACACAACAUUUACCCCAUCCGGCUCCCGGGAAUGACCAGGAAGUACAUACCACUGCGGGCAGUUCUGUUUGGUGUCCUGGGCAUCGCGGCUUCGGCCUUGACAAUCUCAGUAAACGACUUGCUCGAGCGAGGAGGCACCUGCCCUGCCGACUACUCCAAAUGCCCCCAGAAAACACUCCCGUCCGGCUUUUGUUGCCCCGCGGGACAGCAAUGCUUAGCCCUCGCCGGCAACACCACCUUGCUGUGCUGUCCUGACGACAGUGGCUGUACAACGAUAGUACCGAUAUCCUGCGAGCUUUCGCUUCAGGAUGCCGAUAAGUACCCAGAAGCCACGAUCAAGACAACCGCUCUGCAUGGCAUCCUGGGCCAUUGCGGAGACGGGACAUGCUGUCCCUUCGGCUACUCCUGCAGCGCGGACGGCUCAAUUUGCCAGCUCGAUGCAAACCAGAACGCCAAGCCUCUUCAGAGCUCCCUCUCGCCGACCCCCGCCUCUACAUCGGCAGCAUCUACCAGCACCAAGUCUGAAGCCAGCUCCUCUGCAACAGGGAACACUGCCGGAGGAGGACAGAGUAGCGGGGCAAGCGCCGGUGUCACCCCCGUCUCGCCGGAGGCUACCGACUCUCCCAAGAAAGGAACCCCAGCCGCAGUGAUAGCGGGGGCGUCCGUGGCUGCUGUUCUUGUGGUCCUCGCCCUUGCAUUUGUCGCAUUUUUAUUCUUCAAGCGGCGCCACAGGAAGAAGGAAGAUGAGAUGGCUAAUCUGAAGCUGACUCGGUCCACCUCGUCGUUUGGCAAUAUCAUCAGCAACCCCAUCAUGACAGAGAACUCGACGUGGAGGACAGACUUUGCUCGCAAGUCGCCCGAAGGCACCCGAGCCGGAUCCAUGUUCAGCAAGCGCAGCUCUACCACGAUGAUCGGGUCGGGCAAUGCAGGAUACGGGCCCUCGACGCCGAGUCCCGCUCGCACAAGGGACAACGGCGCCCAAGCCGCCGUGAGGAUCCCCCCGAUCCGCAACAUGGCUCGCCAGAGCAGCAUAGCGUACGGCUAUGGCGGUCCCGGCACGUCCCCGUACGGCAACACCGCGGACAACAGGUAUGAUGCCCGAGACCACGGCACGGCGCCGUACCCGCAAACACCGCCGCCGCAAGGGCGGGAGCCGAGCUCCAUGAGCAUCAACGUGUUUGCCGACCCCCAAACCGUGGGCAACACGCCGCAGAAUACAAAGAGCAAGCGAUUCAGCCACAUGACCACGUUUUCCGACAUGCUGAGGUCGGCUGACCUGGGCGGCUUCUCGCAUGGGGAGCCAUUCGUUCCGCCCAGCGCUAACGCCAGCCCGGCAUCGAGACGGUGGUAGCCUUGUGUCGGUCAGUGGGCGGUUUGGGAAGAGUGUAUAUACAUGACAACGAGAUCAUACACGAUGAAGCUUUGUGGAUAUGGUGGAACGGCGAAUUUUUUUAAGGGUUGCAACAUGUUUUGGGUUGGGUUUCUGAAGCAUUUCCCUUCUUUCUUUCCUUCGUUUGGAUGAC